AUGGUGGAAUUCUGCCAAGGCUUCCGUAAACACGCCGCACUAACCAAUGCUAUAUGGCUUUCACUGGCGUUUGUCGCUUAUCCAGAAGCAAUGGAUAAAAUGCCAUGGCCAACCCUAUGGGGACUUAUGUUCUUUAGCAUGCUUUUCUUUCUUGGAGUCAGUUCACAAGCGGCUGGUCUUCGUCUUCACCUUGAUACGGGAACCGUUGAAGGGUCGACGUUGGUGCAACUGAGUACGAAUUUCCUGGCUGGGCUACGGUAA